GACGGGAAGCGCCCGCGCGAGAGGCAGCUGAACACAGAAGCCAGAGCCAUGGCGCAGGCCAAAGGCAAAGUAGAUUGCCAAACCUACACCGAAAUCGACACCUGUAGCCCCGGCUGGGUGUUCGACGCAGCCGUGACCGUCGCCCCGAGCGACGACGAGCGGCUUGCGCACGGGGGCUGCCGCGCGGUCGUCGACGAAGAGCAGGACACGAAGGUCAAGAUCUCGGAGGCGCUGGAGGCGGCGGCACGGGCCGUUGGGGAUGACCCCGUGGAGAGAUCCGACGCCGCGGCCAUACGCGCCGCGGAGGUGCGGGCCGUCGGCACCGGAGUGGACAUCCCUGCCGGGAUCGCCGCUCAGGCGCAGGCUGCGGCGGAUGCCAACGCCACGGCCGCGCACGCCGAGGACAAGAUCACCAUCGGAGACGUCCUCAAGUGGAACGCGACGGCGAAGCUGCCUUCGGGCAAGGCGGUGACGGGGGAGGACGCGGCUGCCGCGGUGGAGGCGGAGGCGGCGGAUGCCCCCGGCAAGGCGACCAAGCCAUACGGUGUGGGAGCGGCGCUUACAGAGGCCGCAAGGCGCAAUCAGGAGGGGACUUGCCGGAAAUAGCCGGACAGGCGUGUAUAUUUUCGGGACCAAUCGGAAUAAAGAGGAAGUAUACAUAA